AUGGGUUCUGAAGAAGAGUACCGAGUACCACGGACAGACAAAAAAGGCGGGAAGCGGCGGAGGCGGAGCUCCGGCCCUGGCCUCCUCCUCCUCCUGGCGCGUGAGGAGACAGAGGGGGGAAGGAAAGAGGAGAAGAAGGCGAGUGCUGGGGCUCGGGAGCAAUGGCCCGUUCUGGGCUCUGCUGCUGCUGCUGCUGCUGGAGGAGGAGGAGGCGGAGGCGGAGGCGUCGUCAGGGGCUUCUCCGCCGGCGGUCCUUGGCCCCGCUCCCGCUCGAGGCCCCGGGGCCCCUGCCUGGGCCGCCUUGGGCUGGGAGCGCUGCCGGGGCUGCAGAUCCGCUCUCGGUCGGUGGAGCAGACCCUGGGGCCGCUGGGGCCCAGUACUUUUGUUUUUCAGAUAACCACUCUCAUUAACCACAAAGAUAAGCCAAAGCGGUCAGACAAGACUUUGAGAGCAGUCCAGCAAGUGGGUCAAGCUGUUAAUCUGGCUGUUGGGAGAUUUGUUAUGGUGGGCGAAGCCAUAGCUAAUGAGAACCAAGAGCUGAAAGAGGAAAUGAAGGUUGCCUGCACUGAAGCAAAGCAAGCUGGGGAGACCAUUGCACAGCUUACAGAUGUAACAGCCUUAGAUCAUCCAGAAUCUGAUGGCCAGAUAACUAUUUUUACAGACAAAACAGGCGUGGUAAAGGCUGCAAGACUACUCCUUUCCUCAGUAACUAAAGUACUGGUACUGGCUGACAGAAUAGUUGUUAAGCAAAUUAUAAAUUCUAGAAACAAGGUCCUUCUAACCAUGGAGCAGCUAGAAAAAGUGAGCAGUUUUCAAGAGUUUGUGCAAAUAUUCAGUCAGUUUGGAAAUGAAAUGGUGGAAUUUGCUCAUUUAACUGGAGACCGACAAAAUGAUCUAAAGGACGAAAAGAAAAAGGCUAAGAUGGCUGCUGCUAGGACUAUUCUUGAGAAAUGUACCAUGAUGCUUCUCACCGCUUCCAAGACCUGUUUAAGGCAUCCUGACUGUGAAUCUGCACGCAUAAACAAAGGAGCUGUGUUCCACAGAAUGAGACUAGCUUUGGAGCAGGUGAUAGAGAUUGUAACAGACUCUCGACCCAGUGGAGAGAACGAACCAGGACCAUUGAGCAUCUAUUCUGGCAUCAAGGAAUUUAAGAAUAAAGUGGAAGGUUUGCGGGAGAAUCUUUAUCUUCUGUCAAAGGAGAACCUUCGGGCAAUGUUGCGUGUUGUCCUUGAACACACAGAAGAUUUUACUGAUUCUGCUUACACUACCCAUGAGAACAGGGAACGCAUCUUGGAGCUGUCCAAGCAAGCAAAGAUGGAACUGGAGCAGUUGGUGUCAGCAUGGAUGUAUGCUCAAAGUCAGAAAAAAAAGGAUGUCACAGAAGACCUGGAAGUAGCCAUAUUAAAAAUGUGUCAGUGCAUGAACGAACUUCACAGAGAACUCCACAGUGUAGCAACAUCUGUCGCAGCAGACCUGAUAAAAUAUCACUCAGAUCACCUUGUUUUGAAAGCACUGAAAAUCUGUGGAGCGGAAGGAAACAUAGAAGCUGUUGCGGAACAUAGCUGUAAGCUGUCUGAACAGAAAGAACAGUUGAUAGAGAUAUGUCAUUUAUUGAGGCACGUUUCUGGAACAGAGCCACUUGAAAUUACUUGUCUACAUGCAGAAGACACUUUUCAUGUGACUGGGCCUCAGAUAAUUUCUGCUGCAGAAACCCUGACACUGCAUCCUUCUAGUAAGAUUGCAAAAGAAAAUCUCGAUGUGUUCUGUGAGGCUUGGGAAUCCCAGCUGAGUGAUAUGUCCCUGCUCUUAAGAGAAAUCAGUGACGUGUUUGAAGGAAGACGAGGAGAAAAGCGUGCUUACCUGUCACUACCCAGGCCAGGGAAACAUAAUUCAAAUUUGAAAGCCUUAAAGCCAGUCAAACUUGACAGUGAGGAACAAACAAAACUUGGGAAAUUAGGCAUAGAAGUGCAUAAACUGGCAAUCUGUGUUGACUCUGAGAUGGAGAAAUGGGAAGACCCAGAAAAUGAGAUUGUACGACAUGCUCAAGGCCUCUCCAGCAUGGCCUAUUCCAUGUAUUUAUUUACAAGGGGAGAGGGGUUGCUGAAGACAACCCAGGAUUUAUUUCAGCAGGCAGAGGCCUUUGCUACAGAAGGAUUAAAGCUUGCCUCCACUCUUCUUUCCUUUUCUAAUCAGCUAGAAGAUGAUGAUAAACCAUUGCUCCUGCAAGAGAUUGACAAAAUUGUCCCUGCAUAUCAGCAGCUUCAGGUAACAGCUAAAACUCCUGUCCAGGGUAAGACUGCAACUUUUACAAAGGUAGAAACCUGUAUUUACAAAGUAAAGUGCAUUCUGGAUAUACUGACUCAAGUUCUUCCACUCAGCUGCAAGUUGCUGACAAAGCAUACAGCAGGAAAUGGCUAUUUUAGAGCACAUCGGCCUUGGAAAGAAAAUGGUCUACAUACAGUUGGAAGAGAAGGCAGUGGUCCGGUCAGAAGAAAUGACCUUUUUGGCAUCAGAACCUUAGAACAACAUGUAGCAAACCUCACUGUUUUGGACAACAAACACUUCUAAGGCGCUUUAGGGGAAUGAAAAGAUUUCCUAAUGGGAGUUGUACACGAAACCCUUCCUAAUUGCUUUCUUUUGAGAAAGGUAAAACCAGGUUAGAAAGAGCUGUUGUAACCUUUUCACAUCUAAUAGAUGUCACGGUACUUAGCCGUUAACAAAAGAAACAGUAAACUUUAAUGGCUGCAUACUUUUGUAAAGUGAAAUACUUUUUGUUCACUGUUAAUACUGCUUUCUGUAAUCAUGUACAUUCAUGAGUGUCUUCUUCUUCAUAUCCCAAGGAUGCUGCUAUGGAUGGUUAUGCACAUGAACUGGAUAUGUUACAUGAAAAACUACUGUUUUUAAUUAACUUGUGUGAGCCUAGGACCCCAGUCUAUUAGGGCUACUUUGAAAAAGGAAUUAACAGGGACUGGGUUAGCGUCUCAACCACUAUCUCCCACCAUCGGGUCCAGGUUGCCACAGGUACCACUUUAACACCUUGAUGGGCAACAGAAAUCGGUGGGAGGUGAAAAAGGCAGCAUUUCUUAAAGGGCUAGAUUAGUCCAAAUUUAUUAGUCCAAAGGCAUCCACACUGCUGUCCCUUCUUGUAGAAGUUAUCAGCUAGUUGCAAUAAAGCUUUAAUGAUGAAAGCCUUCAGAAAACCUCACUUUUAUAAAACAUGUUUACCAAUGUAAAACUAAAAAAAAAAGAUCAUUAGUAGAACUAAUAGAAACAAGGCACAACUAAGAGCUUGCUUUUGUCUUGCUCCUUUUUGUGUUACACACAUCUUUAUAUUAGAAGAAAUUUUACAAUGUAAUCUAAGCACUAUCAAACAUAAGUCCUAAACUGUUUAGUGGGACUAACUUCCUACUGUGUUAUAGACUGUGGCCUUAAAUUUAAUGCUUGAGCCUUCAUUUUUAGCAUGUGGUAGAGUAAAGUUCCAUUUGGAAAUUGUAGAUGUUAAAGCCAGUCACUACAAAGAGGGCAUUACUUUGUUUUUGUUUUUUUUAGUACAGUAACAAGCUUCUUUGAGAUGUAUGUACACUUACUGUAUUAACUGAUAGACCAUUAAGUACAUCAGUCUGAAAUCUCACUGUUCAGAUUUUAAUAUCAGUCAUUCUUCCUUUCCCUGCACAUUUACUUUGCCUUAAGAUAGAAGCCAAACAAGCAGUGGCAAAAAAGGAUCCUCAGUCCGGUUCAAUUUCAGCAUGCAAAAUGGAGCUGAGGCAGAAGAUAAAUGGCAGGGGAGCAUUUCUGCCUCUCUUCUUCUGUCACUUCCAACUGCAUCUCACCUUUCCCCUGAGACAUGUGUAGGUGGGAAGAAAUGUCCUGUAGGCCAGGUGCACAUGUGAAGCCAUUAUGGGAUAGGGAUUCCUGUGUUUGCUGGUAAGACUUUAGCUCUGACUACCAACCACUGUACCUCAUUUGGACAUAUGCUUCAAUGCUAAAAAUCUCAACAAGAGGCGUUUGGUUAUAACUUGUCAGAUUUAGGAUUCAUUUUCUAAAGUACAUAACAUGAACCAUUUGAAUAUUGGUAAACAAGAGCUUUUAUUGACAUGACUGGAAAAAUAUUUUGACACUGCACCUUUAAAUACAACAGUAUGGUUAUAGUCCAACCAGUUAGGCCAGGUUCUGUUGAUACCACUGAAACAGAUUUUAAAAUAUACUUGGUACUUUACAUUCUUAAAGCCUGGCUUCCUUUUGCCUCACCUGAACAGAAAUUCAAAACUUUUCAGUCAUGUUGUUCUUUCAGUUUCAUAGUAUUUUUGCCCAGUCCCUCUCCUUUCCUUUAAGCACGAAAGUUCAUAAAGUCACUUUACCAUGGGAUAUACUGGAAUCUGUAUUACACAAUUCAUAUUUCUGCUAUGAAAUGUAUUUAGUUCUCACUCUGUAUUGUAUCAUGAGGUGGUAUUAAACGUUUUGAGAACACCUCUUCGUAUUCUUUCCUUGUCAAGAGCCCCUCGGUUAUUCUUUUGCUUUCUUCAAACUUUGGUAAUACAACUGCAAUGUAUCCCUCUGUGAAAGGCUAAGGGGAGAAAAAACAAUUGAGGCAAAAAACAGAGAUAGGGGUACAGAGGGAAAUCAAAGUUUGAAACACUCACCUUUUCUUGAAGAAGAGAUGGGCUUUUCAGAAUGUUUUCAUUCACUUCUAUCAAUCUCCCUCUUAUACAGCUGCAGAAAAUUUCUAGUUUAGUAGUCUGAUCAAUAAAAGCACGGCAGUUAUCAACAACGCCUCAAGCCUUUACCUGUAUAUGGUAUAUUCAUCUCCAUCUGUACAGGUUAUUCGACACAGUGGGGCAAGUUCUGUUAGAAACUGAGCACCCUAGCAGAAAAACAGCACGCAGCAAAUUAGGAUCGCAAGAAAAGGACAUGCAGCAAGCAGCUGGUCAAUUUGUGACAUCAGUGAAUAUGCUUUAAAACUGACCAUGCAAUUUUAUAUAUCUUCCUAGAAGUAAGACCGUCUGGGUUCAGUGCAGGCUUAAGAACUGAAGCCUUAAAGUUGAAAGGUAUGAUUUUACUGACCAGAACAAACAAACAAAACAAACAAAAAAACAAA